AUCAGGGUCGGUGCUGGCAGAGUACAGACAGGUGUAACCGUCGUCCACGAUGCACCUGAUGAACUGCUCCAACCGGGCGGUUGGGGAGGGGCUACUGGAGGGGCAAGACUUGUCCCACCAGAGGGUGUGUCACCGGGAAUGGCCACGCCUCGGUAUGCUGGUAGGGACACUGAUCCUGGCGACGGUGCUGCUCCUCUGCUUCAGCCCAGCCGUACGGUCCCUCCUUUAUUUGGACUACCCCUACCAACCAGACCCCCCUGCGUCAACAUACCGCCCCCCUGGAUCACAAGAGGACACUGGUCGAUAUCAGCGUGAAGCCCUUGAAUGGGUUGGCAGGGAGUCGGAACAGUGUGAUGUAACGCCAUCCACCCGCCUGGACUGCCACCCCGAGAGGAACCUGUCACACUCAACCUGCCAGAGUCGGGGGUGUUGUUGGAAUCAGGGGGAUGGGCUGUCACCGCCAUGCUUCUUCCCUGCUAACUACCCCAGAUAUACAAUAGUGCACAAGCAGAACACCGGGUCGAUGACCACAAUGGAGCUCUACCGCAACGCCACUACUCACUACCCAAAGGAUGUCCACAAGCUCACUGUGUCUAUCGUCCACCUGUCCGCUACAGCUCUUAGGAUACGGAUAACCGACGCUACAUCCAAGAGGUGGGAGGUGCCCAUCAACGGUUCUAGCUUCAACGUCCGGACGCCUGACACAACGGCAGGCGCCAAUGGCGUCCAAACGCCACAAACUCAACAGUCUGAGAUGCCAGACACAGACAAAGACCUCUACAUUGUAGACACACCAGGUCCACAGGAACCAUUUGCGUUCAACAUCCAGAGGAAGAGUUCUGGAGCUUCAAUUCUACAGACGCUGGGCCCUCUGUUGUUCGCUGACCAGUUCCUCCAGGUGAGCUACAGCGUCCCCAGCACUUUUCUGUACGGACUGGGCGAACACAGGGACGCCUUCAUGCACAGCUUCAACUGGACCCGCUUCGUCAUGUGGAACCGGGGGACACCGCCAGUGGAACACAGGAACCUGUACGGCUCCCACCCCUUCUACCUGAUGAUGGAGGAGGACGGCAGCAGUCACGGUGUGCUCCUCCUCAACAGCAACGCACUAGAGGUCAUGCUUCAGCCAGCCCCAGCCGUCACGUGGCGGGCCAUCGGGGGGAUACUCGACUUUUACGUGUUCCUUGGACCGGAUCCUGAUGACGUCAUCCAGCAAUACACACAGCUGAUUGGACGCAGCUUCAUGCCGCCAUAUUGGGGUCUUGGUUUCCACGUGUGUCGCUAUGGUUACAACACUGCCAACAGGACCCGCCAGGUGCUUGAGAGGAUCCGAGAUGCCGGGGUUCCUGUGGACGUCCAGUGGAACGACAUCGACUACAUGGACGAUCUGAAGGACUUCACGACCUCGCCGACAUUCGGCGACCAGGCGGGGCUAGUGGAUUACGUCCACUCCCUCGGCAUGCACUACGUCAUCAUCACGGAUCCCGGGAUAAGCAACACCCAACCUGCGGGUUCCUAUGCACCGUAUGACCUUGGGAUGAAGAUGGGCAUCUUUAUUCGGAAUUCAGACAACGAUGACCCCUUGGUGUCAAAGGUGUGGCCUGGCGACACCGUGUUCCCCGACUUCACCCACCCCGACUCGCAGCUCUACUGGACACUGAUGGUCAAGAACUUCCACGACAAGGUCCAGUUUGAUGGCAUUUGGCUGGACAUGAACGACAUCUCCAGCUUCGUGGACGGUUCUGUGACGGGCUGCACGGAGUCCAACACCACGUACGACGACCCGCCGUAUCUGCCAGCUGUGUACGGCGACCGCCUCUACACCCGCACCAUCUGCACGUCGUCGCGACAUCACUGGUCCCGCAACUACAACAUCCACAACAUGUACGGCUUGACGGAGACUAACGCCACCUACCAGGCUUUGAAGGCAGUCAGAAAAGGUCACAGACCCUUCAUCAUUUCAAGGUCAACUUUCCCAGGUCAAGGUCAUUACGGAGGCCACUGGAGCGGCGACAAUGCAGCAACCUAUUGGGACAUGAAUCGGUCAAUCUCAGAGAUUCUCAGCUUCUCCCUGUUCGGGGUGCCCCUUGUGGGCGCGGACAUCUGUGGUUUCAUGGACAACACUACGGAAGCUCUGUGUCAGCGCUGGUACCAGCUCGGGGCUUUCUACCCGUUCUCCAGGGUGCACAACAACAAGAAGGCCAUGGACCAGGACCCGGGUGCGUUCAGCCCCGCCCUUGCCUCGUCCACCCGGAAGGCGCUCCUCACCCGGUACUCCCUCCUGCCCUAUCUCUACACCCUGUUCCACAAGAGUAGCGGCAUGGGGCAGACCGUCGUCAGGCCUCUCUUCUUUGAGUUUCCAGGGGACAGGGCGACGUAUUCCGUGGAUACACAGUUCCUGUGGGGGCCGGCUCUCAUGGUGCUGCCAGUUCUCUCGGAGGGAGGGACGUCGGUAACAGUCUACCUACCUGACACACCCUGGUACGACUUCUAUACGGGCAAACAGAUCCCCGUGCAAGGAACACAGACCGAGAUUGAUGCCCCUCUUGACGUUAUCAACGUCCUCCUGCGGUCUGGCUACAUCCUUCCCCUCCAGCAACCGGCGACAACGACGACACAGAGUCGACGCAACCCGUUUUGGCUGGUGGUGGCACUGAACGCCACGGGGGGUGCUGAGGGGGAUCUGUUCUGGGAUGAUGGAGACACUUUAGAUGCCCACGAGCGAAUGCUGUUCAAUAUGCUGUGGUUUUAUGCAGCAAAUAGACGCAUGUACUCCGAGCUGCCGUACAUCGGUCUGAAGGAGGAGACAAUGGUGAUGAGCAACGUCACCGUCUUCGGCGUGGAGACCAACCCCUCCACCGUCACUGUCAACGGCAUCAGUGUCCCCUUCUCCUACAACACAAACAAUAAGGUGUUGAUGGUGACAGACCUGGUUGUCAACCUGCUCAAAGUCUUCAACCUGAGCUGGGACGCAUGAACCUUUCAGAGUGGCCUCCCCUGCCAUCGACCACCCUUCGCUGUAUUUGCCCGGGGUUUGCAGCAGAACAUUGAAGUUGACCUUACUAGCUGUAUCUCCCGUUUCUCAUAUUAAAAUAUGGACAUUUGUACAUAGAUAUCGUAAUUUAUCCUUUUCAUAAUAAAUGAAAAUUAACCUAA